AUGGAUUCUGGUCUCUGCUUAGUGUCUAGUAACCACCAAGACAUACUUCAUCAAAACCAUUUCUACGACCCAUCUUGGUUACAAAAACAACGUAACGUUCCAACCAACUUCGUUUGGCCAAAAGAGUACCUAGUAAACGCAAAUGAAGAGUUUCAAGCACCAUUGAUAGACCUCGACGGAUUCCUUAAAGGCAACGAAGAAGCCACAGACAAUGCUGCCAAGUUAGUUUCUAAAGCUUGUUCAACACAUGGUUUUUUUCAAGUGAUUAACCAUGGUGUUGAUUUGAGUCUUGUUGGUGAAGCUUAUGAUCAAAUGGAUGCUUUUUUUAAGCUUCCGAUUGAUAAGAAACUUAGUGUUCGUAAGAUGAAGGGUUCUAUGUGGGGCUACUCUGGUGCUCAUGCUGAUAGAUUCUCCUCCAAGUUGCCAUGGAAGGAAACACUUUCUUUUCCAUUUCAUGAUAAUAAUUCCUUUGAGCCUGUUGUUACUAACUACUUUAACUCCAAGUCUUUGGGAGAAGAUUUUCAACAAGCUGGUGUGGUAUUUCAGAAGUAUUGUGAAGCAAUGAAGAAGUUAGGGAUGAAACUAAUGGAGAUAUUAGCAAUAAGCUUAGGAGUUGAUAGGUUACAUUAUAAGUACUUAUUUGAAGAUGGUUGUUCCAUAAUGAGAUGCAACUAUUAUCCAUCAUGCCAAGAACCAAGUGUUGCAUUAGGUACAGGACCACAUUGUGACCCAACGACAUUAACAAUACUUCAUCAAGAUCAAGUUGGAGGUCUUGAUGUCUUUGCAGAUCAGAAAUGGCAGACGGUUAGACCUCGUCCAGAUGCAUUUGUUGUUAACAUCGGCGAUACAUUCACGGCAUUAUCAAAUGGGAGAUACAAGAGUUGUUUGCAUAGGGCAGUGGUUAAUAGGUACAAAGAGAGGAGGUCCUUGGCAUUCUUUUUGUGUCCAAAUCAAGACAAAAUGGUGAGACCCCCACAAGAUAUUGUGGUCAUAGAUGGGACAAAAACAUAUCCUGAUUUUACAUGGUCACAAUUGCUUCAUUUCACACAAAACUACUAUAGAGCUGAUGAAUCUACCCUUCAAAAUUUCACCAAGUGGUUACUAUCUUCCAACACUAGAAACCAUUUACCUUGA